AUGGCAGCUGCAGGCAUGGGUGAAGGGCUCUCUGCUCCCUGUGACUGGGGCGGAGGUGACGGGGAUAAUCACGAGGCUGUGGGAGAGGAGGGGUGUGGUGCAGGGCAUUCGGGACUGGCGAGUGGCAUGUGGGGGGAUGGGGACCAGGGGCAUGGCUCUUGUGGAGCAGAUGGGGGAGGGGAGGGUGGAGCGGGAGGAGGGGAUGGUGGGGAUGAUGGGGAUGGAGGAGAUGGUGGGGAUGUGGGGGAUGAAGGGUGGUGGAGCCGAAUGUUUCCUGAUUCUCCCUUAGCCCCUCACGAACAGCCUCACACUCACCAGCAGCUGCCCAGUCUCGAGCUACACGACAGUGGAAUGACUCUUGGCUCGAUCCAUCCUCCUUCACAGCUACCCCUUGAUGCCCCUCAUGCUCUCUCUCCCCCUGAUCUUCCUGCCGUCCCUUCCCCUCAUGCACAUGCAACCCUGUCCCCUCCUAUAUCCUCUUCCUCUCCCAUGCCCUCUUCCCCUUCCAUGCCGCCUCCCCAUUCCGUAACCCUAUUCGCUGCUGCACCCGCUACUACUGCUCCAGCCGCCAUGCCAUUUCCCUCCCAUGCCACCCCAUCUCCCUCCCACGCCACCCCAAACCUCCCCUCGUCUCCCUCCCGCUCAACGCCUCUCAUCAUACCCUCUCCCUCCCACACAGCCCUGCCAAUUCCUCCAUCCCCCUCCCCAGCGCCUUGCUCCAUCCCUCCCCACGCCCCACACUCACUCAUAGCUUCGGCCCUCCCUCUGCUGCCUCCUGCUCCUCCUCUGAUACCCCAUGCCCUGCCUCUGCCUGCAACACUUGGUGCAGGAGGGGCAGAGGCAGAGGGGCAAGAUGAGGGAGGCGAGGAUUCGGGAGUUGUGGGGUUGCAGAGGGGUGUCGGACAAGGGAUGGGCGAAAGGGAGGGGUCAGAUGCAGGGGAGGUGGGCGGGAGGAUGAGGGAGGAGCAAGGGAAGAAUGCAGGAAGAAUGGUGGCUGGGGAAGGGACCUCGGGAGCAGGAUCAGCAGAGAGAGGAGAGCGAGGGGAGGAAGUUGGAACCAAUAAUGGUGGGAAGAGGGAGGAAAUACCAGGAGGGAGAGGAGAAUGUGACAGAGCGAGAGGCACACCUGUCCUGCAGAGGAUGGGGGCCGAGAGGGGCAAACGAGGUGGUGGUGAUGUGAGGAGAGCACGUGAGGAGAAGGGGGGGAGGAGUGUGGAAGGGGAGAGGGGUUUCGAUGGGUCUCGGAAUUCGGGAGGGGAAAGGAGUUGGAGUAAGGUUGAGGGAGGUAGGAGGGCGGAGGCGAGAGGGAGUGGCAGCAAUGAAAGGGGAAGUGGUGAGUUGAGAGUGUGGAGAGGUAGUGCGCCAGGUGGGGGUAGUAGGGAAAGGGUCCCUGGAAGCAGAUUGAAGGGAGGGGAGGUACAGAGGGCGAGGGGAGGAGAGGAAGAGAGUGCAGGGCGUGAAGUAGGGUCGCUUGGGAAGAGGAGGCGAGAAGGGUCUGUGUAUGGGGGGAAACGGGGUGAUUGGCGGGAGAGGCGUGGAGAUGGGCGGGAGAGGAGUGGAGAUGGGCGGAAAAGGAGUGGAGAUGGGCGGGAGAGGAGUGGGGAUGGGCGGGAGAAGAGUGGAUAUGGGUUAUGGAAGGAGCUUGCGAAGGGGGGAAAGGAGGGGAGGAUGCAACAGGGGUUGGAGGAAGACAUGGGCAAAGAGGGGAAAGGCAUGGAGCAUGUAAAAGGUGGUGAAGAAGCAAGACCGAGGGAGGAUAAUGUGAAGGCAAGUGAGGCAGAAAAAAUAGAGGUGAAGGGAGACGUGGGUCACAAGGAGGAUGAAAUGGGCAGGGGAGCGAGAAGGGGAAACGAGAGAGGAAGAGAGGUGAGAAGGGACGAAGAAGGAAGGGGGUUGAGAAGGGACGAUGAGAGAGCAAGGAGAUCGAGGAGAGACCAUGAGAGAGAAAGGGGAGUGGGAAGGGACGAUGUAGGGAAGGGUGCUCAGGCUGAGGGGACGGCAGGGAAACAGCGGGAACGAGAAGGACUGGGUAGGGGUCGAGAAGAGAGGCAGAGGGAUAUCGAUAGGAGAGCCGAUGGAAUGAAGGAUAGAUUUUGGAACAAGCGGAAGCAUUUGAAUGAUUGGGACAGGGGCAGGGUGGUUGAGAGGAGGAGAGAGAGCAAAGAUGGUGGGGCAAGAGAGAGGGACGGGCGGGGUCGAGGCCUGAUGAAGGAGGGGGAAAGUGGGCUGGGGAGAGAUGGAAUGCGUAAAGACAGGGAAGCUGGAAGAAACAUGGUGAGGGAUGAUGAGAGGAUGAGAGGAAGGGGAGAUGGGAGGGUCAGGGAAAGGGAGGAUGGCGAGGGUUUGAAGAGAGGGAGCGAAGGGAGCAGGGAGAACAAGCAGUGGCAUGGCAAGGAUGGAAGGCGAUCGGAGCGGGAGGGUGACUUGGCAAGAGAAAAAGGGAUCACACUCAAUAAGGGAAGAGAGGAUGCAAGGCAUGGAUCGAACAUCCAGCAGGGUGAGAGGAGCUGGAUGCAUGAAAAGAAGGGCUUUAAUGUUGGUGAUGGGGGUUUGAAUGUGAGGGAGAAGGGGGGGGCGAACACAGGAGGAGGGGCAGCAGGUGCAGUGGACCAGGAGAGUGUGAGGCGGCGUGGGGAGGGGGAGAGGAGCAACAGUUGUGGGAGUGGGGCGGAACGGAAGUUGACAUUCAGACGGCAAGAGGGGGGGGUGCAUGAAAGGAAGACGGAAGAGAGCCAGCAGAGCAAGCAGGAAGGGCGUGUGCACGAGUCGAGACGAGAGGAAGAGGGGAAGAAGAAGGUGGGAGUGGAUAGGCAGGAGGGUGUUGGAGGUCGUGGAGGGAGUGUCGGGGAGGAAAGCAGCUUGAAGCACCGUGGGUCUAGCAAGGAUGAAUACACCGUGCGGCAUGACCAACCUCCUAAAACAUUCAGAGCUACCCGGAGAUAG